GCAACAUGGCGGCAACGCACUCAAAGUGGCGUCUCCCCGCUCAAGAUGGCGGCAGGUCGGUUAGAGCCACACUCAACAUGGCGGCGGCGCCUAUAGCCACGCGGUGCUCUGCCCGGCUCAAAAUGCCGGCGCUUCACCCAAGGCGGUGGCGCCGCCGCCUCUCGCAAGAAUCCAAUGUCUCCCGUAACGCCGGCUCCGUGCGGAAAAGGCUGCGCUUCCCUUUCUUCUUGGCGCCACUCCCAAGAUGGCGGCGGGACACCCACUAUGCCUGCGACUACAUGGCGGAGCCUCCCUCCAUCUUUGGCGCCGCUCACCAGGUGCCGGCGGGUCCCCCAAGAUGGCGGGGACUCACUCAACACGGCGGCUCCUUCCCCCUCCUUUUCGCGCCCCUCCCAAGAUGGCAGUAGGCAGCGCGGACGGAAGUCGCUAUGCCUAAGGGCGGAAGUAGCGUCCCUUCGGGCGGAAGUGAGCCCGCUGCGGGCGGAAGCGGCGGCCAAGAUGGGCGAGAAGAAGGCGUCGGGCCGCGUCCCGGAGGCAGCGCAGCGGCGGGUCUUGGACCGCGCGGCCCGGCAGCGCCGCCUCAGCCGCCAGCUCGAGGCCCUCGAGAACGACAACUUCGGCGACGACCCCCAAGCGGGGCUGCCGCGGCCCGGGAAGCGCCUCCCGCACUUCGCAGACACCGCCGAGACCGGGAAAAAGAAGAAGAAGACGCGUGGUGACCACUUCAAAGUGCGCUUUCGCAAGAACUUUCAGGCACUGCUGGAGGAGCAGAACCUGAGCGCCUCGGAGGGACCCAACUACGUGACGGCGUGCGCGGCGCCUUCGCGGCUCCCGGCGCGGCACUUCUGCGCCGUCUGCGGGUUCCCCUGCGGCUACGCCUGCGCUGCCUGCGGGGCCCGAUUCUGCAGCGCCCGCUGCCUCGGCACCCACCACGACACCCGGUGCCUCAAGUGGACGGUGUGAGCGACCCCCGGCUCCCCCACAAGUGCCCCCUUUGCGCCCCCCAAGUGCCCCCUCACCCCUUCUGUGCCCCCCAACUACCCCCCAAAUGCCCCCAACCCCCUUUGUACUCCUUAACAGCCCCCCCAA